AUGGCUGGACAACGAGAUAGUCCUAUUAUUGGAAUCGAUUCUAGCAUCGUCGACUUCCCUGUCAGUGUGUGGCAGCACCACCGUGCCAACAUCAACCGCCACUUCCAGUCCAUCCAGCCGUGGCCUCUGCCGCUCCGCACCAACACCCGCCGUUACCGCAAGAUUCCCUACGACAAUGACAUCUUCCUGCUCGGGGACGCUGCCGUUGCGCAUCGGAUUCGUCCGAGUUGGAUUUGGAUUCUAUUCGCUACUGCGACUCCGCUUUGCUCCGUUCAUCAUCGGCAUCAACGUUCGCCGCCACAUCCAUCACCACCUCCUCCACCAUCAUCUCCGCCACCGUCUUUAACACCUCCCUUGAUUGCUCCACGGCGCGGGUCACACACCCACUCCUCUCCUUGGCCGUUCAGUUUCGUGGCACGGGUCACACACUCGCUUACUGCUUCAGACAUUAAUAAUGUUGGGCCCAAACCAGCCCACAAACAAAGUAACUUUCCUAAUGUAUCUCCUGUUUUCGCUUGUUUUAUUGUCCAACCUUGA